AUGCGGUUUUCACGGGCCUUUUUAAUCCCCAAGCUGAUAAAAAGAAACUCUGGGGGUGCAGAGAGCAAAGAUACUGACACCUCUGGUAUCACUCCCUCGAUCUACGCCACACCUGCUGAUUGCCAUACCGGUAAUUGCAAAUUCCCUGUCUACACAUCUUUGCCUGUGGACUAUCACUGUUCCAAUAUUACCGAUCAACUCCGACUCAGCCCAGGUAGCAGUCAUACCGAUGGCACAUAUACUCUCCAGGUCCCAUACGGUCCCGACUUGCAAUCUGGGUACACUGCUGAUAGUUUCAUGGAACUUCAGAUGGGUAGCGUCAACUUGUACGACGAGGGAUCCCAGGGGCCAUACCCCAACCGACUGCUUCUGGCCGAUGUCUUUCUUGUCCUACAAAAUAACGGAAACAAAGACGACGCAUUCAACAUGCAGUAUCAAGCUCUUUGUUGUACCCUGCCCUAUGGCAUCCAAUUAUAUACAUUCGUCGUGCGUGCGGGGACUCUCGUUGAGACGCUGGGAGAUUUCAUAGCAGGUAAUUGGACAUCACAGACUGCGGAUGUAGGAACGGAAGCCUACUCUGCAAGUUACUGGCAACUCGAAGCGGAUGUCCAAGGAGCGAAGAGGAGGGUUGCAAUUGACGCCCUAUCUCAGCAAGACAUGGCCUCCACCUUUACCGCAUACUUCACAAAUGAAUCUAGCUACGGUUCAGCAGCAGGCCAGUUUUCUCAAGCAAGUUUGACAAAGUACUUCAGAACUUCGUCCGGCGCGACUGCCAUUGGCUCCACAUAUGGCCCUGAGCAAUAUAUUCAUAUCCGCUGGCCAUAUCUUUUGAUACCUGCAGUCAUGGUUCUAUUGAAUCUCGUCUUUGUCUCUGCGACAUGCCUACAGAGUCGCCAACAGGAAUUGUCCAACUGGAAAUCAUCCGCGCUCGUGUCCAUGCUCAGCCAAACUACGGCCGAAGAUGAAGCAGCUAUUAUUGCAAAGGACUGUGUGCUUAUCGGACCAUCUGGCCGAUUUAACCGAAUUUGCGAGCUCGAAGAAUGGGCAUCAGAGAGGGUAGGCCGGGUGCGAUCCAAAUUGUCGUAA